AUGGAAAACUCGACGACCAUAAUUUACUUGGUUUUUUUUUUGCUUGUUGUUACUUUCGCUGCUCAAGCUAAAGCCGAUGGAUCAGAUAAAACGGCUUUAAAAAAGAUCUUUGUUGCUGCUAAAAAUGGAGCAAAUAAGGCACAAAUAAUCGCUAACAUAAAUAAAAUUCUCAAGCAAAAAAUGAAGAAUUUAGUGAACAGCAAGCGAAAAGAUGGUGUCAAAACUCAUACUAGACACCCUCUUCAGUCAAGAAAAAAUAUCUCCUAUCCUCAUUCAUGCCCUCCUCCGUUUUUAGGUGAAAGGAAGAACGGCAAAAUAGUAAAGCAGGCGCCAGUUCCUCGAAUUUCUCAAAAGGUUACAUCAUUGCGCAAUGAUCUUCGCAAGCGAAUUGAUGAGAUAAUUGGUGGCAGCAAAACGAUCGAAAAAAUGGCCAUCAAGAAAAUUAAAAUGCCCAUAAAAAUUAUCUACAAAAGGCGUGGUGCUGUUGGUGCGAGUAAAGUCUUAUAA